UUGCAAACAGGAAACUCCUCUCUACCCUGUUAGUCUGUUCCGUGCCAAACCACUCCGAGUAUGUCGAGAAGCGCCGCUGCCCGGCUGCUCGCCUCCUCCUCUGCUCCCUUCCGCGCCAGCCACAACCACCACGCGCGGCGCCGCCGCCAUCUCCUCCUCGUCCCUACCUCCCGCUCCAAGACCUCCUCCUCCUCCAAGCCUCCUCGCCCACCACCUCGUAGAGAACUCUCUGCACCCGCCGCGCCCUGCUCCUCGCUCUUCCAGGAAAUCUCCGACCUCGUUGCGUCUGCCGCCCGCCCCGCCAGUGACGCUGCAUUGCCGCCUGAAAUGAAUAUUGAGGGAUAUUCUGACAACCACGGAGUUGCUGCCGUGCGGCGCACGGAAGGUGUUCGAGGAAUUGCCCCAGAGAGAGCAGCACCGGCUUCUGGCCCUGUCGCUAGCGGCAUUACGGGCAGGGCCGUUCUUAGUGGCCUUUCUGAUGAUGGGACUCAACCUUGUGGUAGUACGGCAGCAAGUGCUGUAGACAUGGAAGCAUCCUGCCAGGAGGCAGGAGAUGCAGGCACAGUAGUAGAUUCUGAUCUAGACAAUAUCAGCGAGGCUGUGCAGAGGAUCACGGAAGUUCUCCGAUCUGAGCUGCCUGGAUCGUCCAUGGAGCAGAGGUUGGAGAGCCUGGGAGCUAUGUAUACACCGAGGCUUGUUAACAUGGUGCUUAAAAGGUGCUUCAAGGUGAGGCAACUGGGGUUCAGAUUCUUUAAUUGGGUGAAGCGAGUUCCAGGGUAUGGUCACACUACAGAGACGUACAACACGAUGCUUUACAUUGCGGGUGAGGCGAGGAGCUUUGGGAUCAUGGAGGAGCUGAUGAACGAGAUGGAUAAGGAGAUGUGCCCAAAGGACAUCAAGACAUGGACAAUUCUAAUUGCCAGUUAUGGUAAGGUAAGGCAGAUUGGCAAGAUGCUGUCUACCUUUGAGGCUAUGAGGAAAUUGGGAUCAGUGGCAAUAGACAGUAAAGUCUAUAGGACCAUUCUUCAUGCUUUGUGCAAUGCUGAGAAGCCUGAGCUUGCUCUGGAGUUCUACAAGGAUAUGCCCAGGAAUAUGGAUGUCGGAUCUGGCAUUCUUCGACAUCUAAUGUGUUGUCUUGCACAAUCAGAUAAUGCUGCUGAAGCCGUCUGUUUUGUUAGAGAUGAUAUGAUUAAGGGCAUGAAACAUCCGGAGGAGUACUGCUACAUGGAAGCUCUACGAAGUUUUUGUAUCUCGGGGAAACUAGAGGAGGCCUGGAAAGUCUUUCAGCAGAUGAAGAACAAAUCCAUGGCUAACUCAUCUGCAUUCGAGAACCUUCUGAGGGGGCUUUGCAAAGCAGGAAGGAUGGAUGAAGCUCUGCAGAUCAUAGAAUACAUGAAGAGUAGAUCAGGUAUAAGCAGUACAACAUAUGGUUUCCUCAUAGAUGGCUACCUGAGGAAAGGAGAGCAUACCAAGGCACUUGACUUGCUGCGGGUAAUGAGAGAAUAUGGAUGUGUUCCAUUGGUAUCAUCUUAUACUCAGCUUAUGCAACACCUAUUUCUAAUCGAUCAGUACGAAGAAGCCUGUGGACUGUAUGAAGAGAUGCUAAAAAACAGUGUUGAACCAGAUAUUGUGACAAUCACAGCAUUGAUUGGUGGGCAUGUUCGCAGCGGACGUAUUUCUGAAGCAUGGGAUGUAUUCAGAAAUAUCAAUAAGAAUGGUCAGAAACCCACAUUGAAAGCAUAUACAGUGUUCAUCCAAGAGCUCUGUAAGGCCUCCAGGCCCCUUGAGGCUGUAGAACUUCUGAAGGAAAUGCUUGAAUCUGAGUUCAGGCCUUCUGAGGGAACUUUCUGCCGGAUAAUUUCUGCUUUGCGUGACAAAUUCUAUUUGGAAGAGAUAAGCAAUGUUGAGAGGAUGCGGGCAUCUUUUAAUUUGCGAAGCCCUAGAGAUGGUCUGCAAUGCAGAACAUUGGAUUGUGCUGAGACUGUCGAUAAGUUUCGGAGAUUAUGUGAGUCUAAUCCAGAAGAGAAGGAACUGACAUUGGAUUUCAUUGGCCAUACUUCAGAUCAAAAUAAUGAGGUCUCCAGUUGCUCGCUUUCUAGUGACACACAUCAGAAAGAACAAGAACAGGACUACAGUGAUGGGGAUGUUGAAGAAAUAUGUCGGAUUCUGUCAUCUUCUGACAACUGGGGCUCAAUACAGCAGGCACUGGAGAUGAGAUCAGUCCAUUUUAAUCCUAACCUUGUUGAUGCCAUUUUGAAGCAUUGCAAAAGGAACAGUCGUGCUGCUUUGCAAUUUUUCUCAUGGGUUGGGAAACAAUUUUACUACAUGCCAUCAACAAAAACAUACAAUACAGCUAUGAAACUUGCUGGCUCUGCAAAAGAUUUCAAGCACAUGUGGUAUCUUUACAGAGAAAUGAUAAGGACUGGAUGUUCCCCGACCGUGGAUACGUGGAAUGUCUUAGUCUGUCAGUAUGGUAAUGCUGGUCUGUCUGAAAAGGCCUUGGAGACAUUCUAUCACAUGAAGCAGCAUGGCUUUCUGCCUAAUAAAACUACUUACCACCACCUGAUAAUGUACCUCACCCGCAGUAAAGGGCAGAAAGUAGAUGCUGCAGUCAAAAUUUUUGAAGAAAUGUGUCAUGCAGGCUAUACACUUGAUAAUGAUGUAGUUUUCAUGUAUCUUUUGGCUCUAUGUGAGUGCAGGAAAAUAGCCAAUGCAAGAAGCUCAGUAGUAUCCUUAUGUGAACGAGGAUUUUCUGUGCAGGUUGGCUAUUCCAUAUUCCUUAGAUCGUUGUGCAGGGCUGAUAGAAUGGAGGAAGCUCUCAGUUUGUUCGAUUAUAUUGAGAAACAUGGUUGCUCCAGGGACCAGUACAUGUAUGGGAGUCUCAUCCAUGCAUUGCUAAGGAGGGAUCGAUUUGAAGAUGCUGUUGCCAAGCUUACAGAAAUGAAUAAUGCAGGGAUACCUCAAAGCACCCAUGUGUAUACCUCGUUCAUUGUUUAUUACUUUCAGAAGAGAGAUGUUGCCAAGGCAUUGGAUGUGUUCAAGGAGAUGAAAGAAAUUGGAUGUGAGCCCACAGUUGUCACAUACUCUUCUCUGAUCCGUGGCCACAUGGCAAUGGGUAUGGUUUCAGAGGCUUGGGAUGUUUUCCAACAAAUGAAGCUGAAAGGACCUGCACCAGACUUUGAAACCUACUCCACGUUCAUGUCAUGCCUCUGCAAGGCAGGUAGAUCAGAGGAUGGGUUGCAAUUGAUUCAUGACAUGUUGGAGUGUGGCAUCAUUCCCAGCACCGUAAACUUCAUGACUGUUGUCCAUGGUCUGAAUAUGGAGGGCAAGCACGAGCUAGCUGACUCUGUCCUCCGGUUAAAAUGGCACUUGCGGAGGCAAAGGACCAUCUCAAAUUAGUUUGUCUCUAUCAAUCUCUCAAAAUAUAUGUUGGGAGUUCCACCUUCACAGCAGUAUUCCAGGUUCAUUGUUUUUUCUUGGGGCAAGCGUAUGGUAGGAGUUACAAAAUGUGAACUCUGCCCCCCCCCCCCCACCCCCCCAUGGCAGCUUACAUAAUGUAAAGAGAAAAAACUCGCUGCUCUUAUUGGGUGCCUCCCAAAAUGAUGCCUCCUGCCUGUUCCUGCUCUAGUAUAUGGUAGAUAAGAAAAGACUGGUCUAUUCAGUUGUGCACGCCACUGUGCUAGUUGCAAUAAUGGAUUUCCUUGCCCAAUCAUAUGCUUUAUGGCCUGUAUGGUUGAGAGCCAGAGUUUGCCACAACCCACCUUAGGCAAGUUUGACCAGGUUAGCCUAGUGUUUUGUUAUUAGCCACAGGUUAGUCAUGCCAUACCUUUUUCUGUCUUGGCCUCGCAUGUAAUAGACACAAUGGGUCGUGGCAAGAUCCCUUUAGGCAAACUAAGUUGUGGCUUCAAUUACUCUCACCACAACUUUUGCGAGUUUUGCAAGAAUGUUAGGUAAACUUUGGCAAACCUAGGCAAUGGAUGUUCUCACACUAAAAACUGGAUCUUUCUCAGUGACAGCAUUUGCUGAUCUAUGAUGUGACACAUAGUCUGGAACUUGGAUAUUAAAAUUUACUAUUGUAAUAAAAAAUCUUUU